CUGCCCCUUGUGGAGAAAUUGGUUCAUGUGCCCUGCGCAUGUGCUAAUGGAGUGUACAUCGGCCGGUGCAGGAGACAGCGUGAUAAACUUUGUUGUUGGGGGCAGAUUCUGCUCUUAACUUGAAGGAGUCAUGGCCCAAUUUGGGGGACAGAAGAAUCCACCCUGGGCGACUCAGUUUGCUCCCACAGCAGUGUCCCAGCCAGGCCACUCAGGACAAUCUAUUGACCUCAACAGCCUGCACUCCCUGGGUGUGCAGCAGCCAUCUAUUUUGGGAGCAUCUCCGUCUGUUUACUCGCAGCAGUCGGCUUUGGCUGCAGCCUCUCUCAGCAACCAAUCUGCUGCUAACUAUCAGCUCUCUCAGCAAACUGCUGCUCUGCAGCAGCAGGCAGCAGCAGCUGCUGCAGCAGCACUACAGCAGUCUCAGAUCACCACUGCCCUCCAGCAGUAUCAGCAACAACAACAGCAGCACCAACAACAACAGCAACAGCCACCCCCACAGCAGCCCCCCCAACAGCAACUAUACAAUGUUCCUCAUCAGCUCCCUCAGCCUCAGCAGGCUCUCAUUUCACAGCCCCCUGUUGCCCUGCCCACCAGUUUGAGCUUGUCCAACCCACAGCAGACGGCCCAGAUCACUGUGUCCUACCCGACACCGCGGUCCAGUCACCAACAGCAGGCACAGCCACAGAAGCAGCGCGUCUUCACUGGUGUGGUCAACAAGCUCCAUGACACAUUUGGCUUUGUGGAUGAAGAUGUCUUCUUUCAGCUAAGUGCUGUGAAAGGAAAGACCCCACAAGUGGGCGACAGAGUCCUUGUAGAGGCUGUAUACAACCCCAACAUGCCCUUCAAGUGGAACGCCCAACGCAUCCAGACCUUACCUCAGCUUGCAAACCAGUCGCAUCAACAACAGCUAGUUAAUAUGCCUCAAGCUUCCCCACAGCUCAGCAGCCUUUACAAUGAGCCAACAAUGCAAUUGCGCUACUCAGACACACACUCUGUGGACACCCGACAAACCCAACCCCAAGGUCCAGGCCUGAUGAAGAUGCAGUCUCUACCUCCCCCAACCACAUUCAGUGUUCAAGCCCAGGCUCCCCCUCCCUCCCUCCUUCAGGCCCAGCUGUCUGCAGCCUCCCUGGCCCCUCUCCUCCAAAAUCCUCCUCAGCCUCUUCUUCCACAGCCCCCUCCAAAAGAAGUGUUUGGUGGUGGUUUGCUUCAGCCACCAGUAAGAAUGAUCCCACAACCGCAGCCUGUCCGAAGAAUUGAACCACCACGUUUCCCAAGUCGCAAUGAUCGUGGCCCAGAACUCAUCCUCAGGACUAAAGAAGAACGCAGCCGAGACAGAGACCGUGAACGCAGGCGAUCGAGAGAACGUUCACCCACACGUAAACGCUCAAGAGACCGCUCGCCAAGACGGGAUCGCUCACCAAGACGGCCCCGCAGGGUGGUUCCUCGUUACACAGUCCAGUUCUCUAAGUUCAGCCUCAAUGGCUCCAGCUGUGACAUGAUGGAGCUGAGGAGACGAUAUCAGAGCCUCUACAUUCCCAGCGACUUCUUCGAUGCCGUAUUCACCUGGGUGGACGCUUUUCCUAUGACGCGUCCUUUCCAGCUCAACAACACUUGUAACUUCCACAUACUGCACAAAGAGGUGGAUCCUCUGGUCAAGAACACGGCAGUGCUGGAUCCGCCGGACGCCAACCACACCUACAGUGCCAAGGUGAUGUUAUUGGCCAACCCCAGUAUAGAGGAGCUCUACCAUAAGUCCUGUGCUUUAGCAGAGGACACUCAGGAAGUGAGAGACUCCUUUCAGCACCCAGCCAGACUCAUUAAGUUUCUGGUGGGUAUGAGAGGUAAAGAUGAGGCCAUGGCCAUUGGUGGUCACUGGUCUCCCUCUCUGGAUGGAGCUGACCCAGAGAAGGAUCCCUCGGUCCUCAUUAAGACAGCCAUACGCUGUUGCAAGGCACUCACAGGCAUUGACCUUAGUCUUUGCACUCAGUGGUAUCGUUUUGCAGAGAUUCGCUAUCAUCGGCCGGAGGAGACACACAAGGGGCGGACAGUCCCUGCUCAUGUGGAGACAGUGGUUUUGUUUCUUCCGGAUGUUUGGCAUUGUCUUCCUACCCGCUCAGAGUGGGAGGUGCUGUCACGGGGACUCCGGGAUCAGCUGGCUGAGAAGCUGUCGGCCGAGCGAAAGGAGGCGGAUGGAGAACAGGAUGAAGAGGAGAAGGACGACGACGAAUCCAAGGAUGUCAGCACGCCAACACACUGGGCCAAACUUGACCCGAAAACCAUGAAGGUGAACGACCUACGGAAAGAGCUUGAUUGUCGCACUCUGAGCUCCAAAGGUUUGAAGUCGCAGCUGAUUGCUCGGCUCACAAAGCAGCUGAAAGUGGAGGAGCAGGUGGAGGAGUCCAAGGAGCCGGAGAAAAUAGAGAGCAAAGCUGUGGAGGAGGAGGAACCGUCUCGUGCUGAAGAUGACCGAGAGGAAGAGGAGCGGAAAAGGCAGGAGGAGCUGGAACGCCAGCGGAGAGAAAGACGCUACAUCCUCCCUGAUGAGCCCACGAUCCUCGUACAUCCAAACUGGGCGGCCAAAAAUGGCAAGUUUGACUGCAGCGUCAUGUCCCUGAGUGUGUUACUGGACUACAGACUGGAGGACAACAAAGAGCACUCCUUUGAGGUUUCACUGUUUGCUGAACUGUUUAACGAGAUGUUACAGAGAGACUUUGGAUACCGCAUAUACAAAGCUCUCGCUUCCAUUCCUGUUAAAGACGACAAGAAGGAAAAGGACAAAAAGGUCAAAAAAGAGAUGGAGAAAAAAGAUUCUGAAAAACGAGAAAUAAAGAAAGAAAAAGAAGACGAGAGCGAAGAACCAUCAGCCAAGAAGACCAAAGAGGACGAAGACGAGAGAAGAAAGUAUGAUGAGAAACCAAUGAAAAAAGAAGAGUCUCGUGAUGAGGAUGACAACGAAGAUGACGGCAGCACGGCAAACCCCGAAGAGUACGACCCCAUGGAGGCUGAGGAUGCAGACGACGAUGACUAUGACGACAAGGACGACGAUGAUUCCAACGACAGAGAACGGAGAGACCGCAAGGAUGACCGCAAGUCAUCAAAGGAGAGGUCGUCCAAAGACAAGGAGAAGAAGCAGAUGGUCACACACAACAGGGAGCUGCUGAUGGCCUUCGUCUACUUCGACCAGAGUCACUGUGGCUACUUACUGGAGAGGGACUUGGAGGAGAUUCUCUACACACUGGGACUCCACCUCUCCCGAGCUCAGAUAAAGAAGCUGUUGAACAAACCAGUGGUGAGAGAAUCUUGUUACUACCGUAAACUGACAGACCGAGGGAAGGAUGAGCCCGCUCUCUGCUUCAAUGAGGCCUUGAUAGAAAACCCUACAGGUAACCGAGGAUGGCUUCCUGCCCUGAAGGCUCGCGUUAUGGCACAGGCGAGCGAGUCCGGUAAUCUGAUCGUCUACAAUGGAGCCAUGGUGGACAUCGGCAGCAUGAUGCAGAAACUGGAGAAGAGUGAGAAAACGAGGGAGGAGAUCGAGCAGAAGCUGAUGGUGCAGGGAGCUAAAGCUGAUGAAGACGCAAAGAUCAUAGCAAAGUUGGAACAAGCUAACGAAGCCUUAACCCAGGAACUGGAGGAGGUGAAAGCUACUCUGAGCCAAACGGAGGAGACUCUGAAGGGAGAAGAGGAGCAGAAGACGCUCUACCACAACCACAUGAACAAGACGUGUAACAGCCUGAUGUCCACUGUCAAAGGACUGAUGGCAGUGCUGAAACAGGAUGAAAAUGCAGACAUGUUUGGCGACAAAGUCUCCAGUGAUCACAGGACGACGUCUCAGACAAACGGUUCAAACGAAUGAAUGAGUGAACUUCUCUGAACCAAAAUGAAGAAAAGAAAAUCAGAAAAAUUGACUCUCAAUAAUAAUUGUAAAUAUUCUCUUUAACGUACCAAGUCUGUUUACUCUGACCUAUUUUCUCCCAAGUCCCAGGUAGGAAUUAAGCUGUUGUUUAGUUUCAAUGUGUUCUUUUUUUAAAAACGGUGUGUAAAAUAGAUCUCACCAGAAAUAGUUUUAACAGAGGCUUAUUUUCACUGUUAAUUUAUCUUUUGUUGCGUUGAAUUUUUUUUUUUUGCUUUUUUCUUGCUUUUUUUUCGUGGCUAAAUUAUAGCCACAGUGUAAAUGUAAAUGCCAGUAAAUGUGAGUUGAUUUUUUUUUUUUUUUUUUUUCCCACAAUCCCCAAUAAAUGAUGCUAUUUAUGUGUGAAAAAUUAUAUUUAAAAGAGACUAAUUUUUGAAUGGACAGGUGUAAAAACUGUUUCUAUUUGCUUCAUAGGACAUUUCAUCCAUUUUGACUAAAAGCCUUUGGGUCUGCUGUUGUUUUUUGGCUUUGUUUUAACACAUGAUCAUGCAUGGGCUCUCAUUUCCACUCCACUCACCCCCCCCCCCCCCCCCCCCCCCCCCUCUCCUGUCCCCCCAGUGCUGUGCUGCCACUCUCAGUGCUUCAUGUUUGACUGUGAUUGGUAUUUGCUGACAAAAGGGAAAAGCUCAAUAAUUAAGCUCACUGAAUGUGCUUUCUGCUGAAGGAAAUGUUUGCUGCAGAGAAAAGAGCCACUACUUUGUUCACUCGUGCUCCAGAGCAGGCGCUUUUAUUUUUCUAUUGAAAAUGUACACUAUGGAUGUCUUGUGAAAAAGUAAAGUGGUUUGUUUUAACACUA